AAUGACAAAUGACAAACUGCCUCUGCAUCUGUCUGUGAUUCAUGAUUUAUUUCAUAUUCCUUGCAAAAAUAAAAUUUAUUCACUUUAAAUGUUCUUUAUUUAGUUAGCUGUGUUAAGUUAAUCCAGUGACUACAGUGAGCAGCUAUUAGCUGGUAUAAGUUAGGCUUACUGCACUGGAACCGUAAAAUAUCUGCCAGGAUGACUCUCGCAGAAUUCUUCAGUUGUUCCCUUCUUGCUUUCGGGGCUCCAUUGGUCAUGUUCGCGUUCACAGUGGCUAAUGACCCCGUUCGCAUCAUCAUCAUGAUAGCAGCAGCAUUUGGGUGGCUUCUAUCGUUUUUACUAUCAUCCUUAGUGUGGUAUGCAGUUGUGCCAUUACGAUCAUACCUGGCGUUUGGAAUGGUCUUUGCUAUCAUUUUCCAGGAAAUAUUCCGAUAUGGCAUGUAUGUCCUACUCAGAAAGACGGAAGCUGGUCUGAAGGAGAUAUCAGAAAAUCACAAUAUUGGGAGUAAUAAGCUAGAAAUGGCAUAUGUAUCUGGCCUCGGCUUCGGCACAAUGAGUGGAGCCUUUGCCCUCAUCAAUGUUCUAGCUGAUUCUGUUGGUCCAGGAACUUUAGGCCUCCACACAGGCACCGAGUACUUUUUCGUGACGAGCGCUGCCAUGACACUAUGCAUGAUAUUACUCAACACAUUCUGGAGUGUCAUAUUCUUCAGUGGAUUUGAUGAUAAGAACUAUGUCAAAGUGGGAUGGGUCAUAGUAUCACAUUUCUUUGUCUCCGGACUCAGUCUUUUGAACAGUAAGGAGUUAUAUGCAGCUACAAUCUUGCCAUCAUACAUAGUUUUAGCGAUCACAGCCUACAUUGCCUUCAAAACAGCUGGUGGCUCAGCCAGGAGUCUCAUGCAAAGUAUUUCCUCAAGAUCAUAGAAAUAAGUUAUUCAGAAUUUGUCUUGAAGAAAUUAUUAGACUGCGCUGAGAAAUUAUAACAUUAUACAGGGAUUGUUUUCAUUGAAAAAUGCAUUUAGAACACAAUUUGAUUUGAUAAGCGCAUACGCUUGAACAGGACACUACAACCCAUAUAGUACAGGGCCUUAAUCAAAAAUUGAUCAGUAUCUUGAAGUAAUUUCAAUCCAGUUCAAUUUUUAACGAGGUCCUAUAAUGUUGGGCUACAAGUUUUAUAGAUUCCUAGUUGACUUGUUGUUCCUCACCGUUCACUUAGAUUAGGCCUUGAAAUAAUAAUAAAUAAAUACAUUUUCUAGUUAGAUCAAAUGAAUCCCAAUUCCAGAAUAGCUAGAAAAAAUAUAAAUUUUGUAGUAUAUUAGAGGUUUGUUAGCAAACAGCUAGUAAUAGACGCAGAGAUAAGUUUUGUUAUAGGGCGAGAGAUAUUUGUAAAGUAAAGAAAUUAUUUAGGAUGACAACCCUUAUCGUACAGUUUCACGUCAUUCAAAGGAAUGGCUCUGAAAAAUAUGAAAUUAAUGUAACAUUAGAUGUAGGUUGCAAGAGAUUGCUAGAUCGUGAUUUAAGCUUUAUACAAGUCAAUAACUUUUUUACUGCCUCACUGGUUGCGAGUCCAACAAAUAAGCAACGAGGUCCCGAGUUCUUGACUUGGAUCCUAAGAUUGAGUUAUUGGAUUUCCAAAUUGAGAAUAAUAGCACGAAGUACACAGACCUUAACUUGACUGACCAGAGUAGGUGUUACUCGGAUUGUCCAUCUCCCUCUGGGAAAAAAUGUGUUAAAGUAAUUUUUGUGAGCAUUGGCUGU